GUCAUGUGCUGAAUAUUUGAAUUAAAAAAAUCUUAAUGGGUCAGUGGGGUUGUUGUUUUUAUCACUAUGAUGGACCAUGACUGAAUAAUCUACAAGAAACAAUGAUUUUAUUUACCAAAACCAAUCAAUAAUCUAAUUCAUUAGCUAACCAAUUACCUAUCAAUAGCUAACCAAAGUUAAUAGUGAACUCGUUAAUGUCGAAAUUCAGUGUUUAUUGAUUUCAGGAAGCAAAAAGUGCGAUUACACUGUACAGUCAUUUCAUGCGCGUUCUCGGGAAGCACUUCCGGGUUUGCGUCGAGUGCGCGUUCUCGGCGAGCACUUCCGGUGCCGUUUCCUGUGUUUGUAAACUGUAGCUCGCGCUAGCUGAUGUGGACGUUGCGAUAAGGAGGCAGUUUUUUUUAACCACAUACCAAAAGACUUGAAGGACAGGACGAAAACUGGUGCCAGAUGAUAGCAGUGGGCGUGUCCUAUUGUCUAGUGAAUCAUCCUGAGUGACAGCUCCUGGCCCCUCCCCUUGUCCCUGUCCUCUUCAGUGAUGUCACACAUACCAACCACCUCGGUCCGUGACCAUAUGAAAUGGGCGGGGCUGCUCGGAUGUGAAGCUGUCCUCUCCAGUAUGGCUCUGAUGCAGGCCAGCACCAUUUCUGCUCCAAAGAAGAUGAUGACAUCACUGGCCCCGCCCCCUGUUCCGGGUUCCACUCAGAGGGACCCGCAGGGACACAUGGGCUUAACGGCGGCCAUGACCUGCCCUCCACUGCUUGUCCGUAAAGAAGGAGACUUUCACGCCCCCCGCCUGCUGGACGAGAAGGAAAUGAGACCCAGUGAGGACAUGCAGCUGAAGAAGAAGAACAGGAAGUCGGGAACGCCCUGCAAAGUCAGAGAGCAGGAGGGGAAAGGAGGGAAGGCUGUUGUGGUGGACGAGAAUGGGAAUUGUCCACUUUCCAAAGUGCAGAAGAACUUCAUCUGUGAUCACUGCUACGGCGCCUUCAGAAGCGGCUAUCAUCUGAAACGACACAUUCUCAUUCACACCGGGGAGAAGCCAUUUGCUUGUGCCAUAUGUGACAUGAGGUUUAUUCAGCGUUACCACUUGGAGAGACACAGCCUCACGCAUACUGGGGUGAAACCGUAUGCUUGCACCAUGUGUGACAUGCGGUUUUUCCAACGUUACCACCUUCAGAGACACAGCCUCAUACAUACGGGGGUGAAGCCCUACGCUUGCUCCAUGUGUGACAGGCGUUUUUUCCAACGCUACCACCUGCAGAGACACAGCCUCACUCAUACGGGGGUGAAGCCGUAUGCUUGUUCCAUGUGUGACAUGAAGUUUUUUCAGCGUUACCACCUGCAGAGACACAGCCUAACCCAUACGGGGGUGAAGCCGUAUGCUUGUUCCAUGUGUGACAUGAAGUUUUUUCAGCGUUACCACCUGCAGAGACACAGCCUAACCCAUACGGGGGUGAAGCCAUAUGCUUGCUCCAUGUGCCAUAUGAGGUUUUUUCAGCGUUGUCACCUUCAACGACACACUCUCACCCACACGGGGGUGAAGCCAUUUGCUUGCACCAUGUGUGAUAUGAGAUUUUUUCAACGCUACCACCUCCAGAGACACAGCAUCACCCAUACGGGAGUGAAGCCUUACGCUUGUUCCAUGUGUGACAUGCGUUUUUUCCACCGUUACCAUCUGCAGAGACACAGCCUCACUCACACGGGGGUGAAGCCCUAUGCUUGUAACAUGUGUGACAUGCGUUUUUUCCAACGCUACCACCUGCAGAGACACAGCCUCACCCAUACGGGGGUGAAGCCGUACGCUUGCUCGAUGUGCGACAUGAGGUUUUUUCAACGUUACCACCUCCAGAGACACAGCCUCACUCAUACGGGGGUGAAGCCGUAUGCUUGCUCCAUGUGUGACAUGAGAUUUUUCCAGCGUUACCACUUGGAAAGACACAGCCUCACUCACACGGGUGAGAAGCCGUUUGCGUGUGAUAUGUGUGACAUGCGCUUCAUCCAGAGAUAUCACCUGGAGAGACACAAGCGCGUUCACAGCGGAGAGAAACCGUAUCAGUGUGAGCGAUGCCAACAGAAUUUCUCGAGAACGGACCGGCUGCUCAGACACAGACGGCUGUGCCAGGGAAGGGGUGUGGCUAAAGUGGAGGCUACGCCCUGCUGUGAGCCCCGCCCAUUUUCUCAAGACCCACUCCCGGCUCCGCCUCCAGCUCCACCUAACACCUGGAGUCGACUCGCAGUCUGACAUUCCAUCGCGUCGACCAGUAUGGAAACGGAAAUAACCUCGAACAUGCUCCUGGUUCUCUGACUGCGGCGGAGGAAAAAAUCAAAUAAAAACCAGACUGAUGUUUCAGAAGGAGAAGAGAGAGAGAAUGAAACGCUUCUUUACAUUAUUUGUGCUAUUGAUUAUUUUAAGAGAGGGACCUGUUUUGGGUAAUUUUUUUGUUUGUUUGUUUUUUAAAUAUGUUUAAACAAUGUAUUCACCUUUUUUUUUUUUUUUUUUUUUUUUUUUUUUUUUUUUUUUAAAACGGCCUUUCAGCCAUUUUGUUGUUGUUUUGUGGCUGACGACAAGAAAAGUGACUCGAUGGAUGAGAUCACAGAGAACAGAAAACUUUUCGCAAAUCUGUCUGACAUUUUGGCUCUACGCGAUUCGUCAAGGAGUGAACAAAUUAAAGUGUUGAUGAAUGUGCGAUGUGAGCUGCGUUUCGUCUCCAGCUUUACAGAGCUGAGGAUUUAGGACAAUUUUUUUUUCCUCCAGAUUUCGUACGUUCGUAUUGUUAUUCCUCUCCGAUUUAUCCGCUCACACUCAAUUAUCAGUGCUGUGUGUAUGUAAAUAACUGCGUUAACCGAGUUUUUACUGUAACAGUCUACUCCACAUACACACUCACUUUACUGCUACGUAACGUGCUAGUUAGCGAUAACGCUUGAUUGUAAAUUGUGGGCGAAGUGAAACGUCUUCAGAAAAGAAUUUCUGAAGUGAAGGUCAGAAAUUCUUUGCUAAUCAAUGCUAGUCAACUGAUACUGGGGCCAGGGAGUGUUUUGUUUAUUUUUUAUUUUUUUUGAGCAACUCUGCACUUCCUUCCUUCCAUCAUCGGAUCGCUGGCUAAAAAAUAAAAAUACAUUUUACUCCCUACUCAUUUCAGUUUAUUAUCUAUUCAAAAAACGAAACAAACAAAGCCGGUUUCCAUUUAUUCAGCAAUAAUACUGAUUAAUAAUAUACUCGUAAUCCUGAUCAAGAAGCUGAGUUUGUCAUGCUGUUGCCAUAGCGAUCCAGUAAUACCCCCGACCUCAAUUCCAGUCCCGCUUCUUUCUAGUGCUGGAACCAAACUGAUAUUACGGCCGGAUGUUCCGGGGUUGAAACGGUGGUACGGUUCCACGUCGGCCACAGAGUCUGCGUCAAAGCCGUCUUCGAGACUCAAAACCGCUUUUGUCCAAAUACGCAACUUCCCUCAGUAUGAAAUACUUUGGCUUCAUCACUAUAACUCUAUCUUGCUUACUGGAUAUUGUGCUGAAAGAUCUACAGACUACGCAUCCCAUCACACAUCUCUUCACAGACUGACGGCGGAACCCAGAAAGACUCGGUGAAAACGUCGUGAAGCAGAAAGACUGGAGGUUCAUGACAUCAUUAUUAUAUUAUAUUAUUAUUAUUCAGAAAUUAUUUACAUCUCUGUAUCACCCUUUUAAUCACAGUUUGUACCUUGUUUUGUUUAGUUUUUGUCUGUUUUGUGUACAUGUUGGUCAAUAUUAACACACUGAUAACACGCAGUCCUUCCUGAUGAGAUCUGGCAACCCGGCGCCAAGUGAGGACGGAGCGGGGACUACAGUAGGCUUGUGCCAAUGUUUUGAUUAAAAAAAAAAAAAAAAUAGAAAGACUUUUU